GAAUCUUGAUUAACCAUCGUAAAAAGUCAGGUGGAAAGAUCAUACCUUGAUUCAUUCAGUACCGUAGUUUGCCUACUGUUCUAAUUCGUAGUGGUUGACAGUUCAACUAUUUCAUUAGUAUUACUGGAAUAAUUAGGACGAUGCCGAAAGAAACAGGUUCUUCUUCUGGAGGCGUAUUGGGUCUAUCAGAAAUAACGGAAAACCAUUCAAUAUGGAAAAUGCUCAUAGCAGAGUGUUUAGGCACCCUCAUUCUAGUAUUUAUAUGUUGUGGUUCCUGUAUCGGUAUAAAUCAGUCGCCAGAUUACGUGCCUUAUGUUCAAAUCGCAUUAACUUUUGGUUUUACUGUGGCAUCAAUAGCACAGGCUAUUGGACAUAUUAGUGGUUGCCAUAUUAAUCCUGCAGUCACUGUUAGUUUUCUCUGUACUGGGAAUAUAAAAUUGGUCAAAGCCGUUCUCUACAUUGUGGUUCAAUGCGUUGGAGCAAUAGGAGGUGCUGCACUAUUGAGGUUAGUGACUCCAAACGAGAAAGUGGGAAGCUUGGGAUUGACUAUAGUGAGUCCUCAGCUUACCGCUGGCCAAGGACUGCUGGUCGAAGCGAUAUUAACUUUCCUUCUUGUCUUUGUGGUUCACGGUGUGUGUGAUUCUAACCGUAAAGAUAUUGCUGGAUCCAUUCCAGUUGCCAUAGGAUUGGCUGUUUCAGCAGCUCACUUGUGUGGGAUUCAAUACACUGGAUCGAGCAUCAACCCUGCCAGAACAUUUGGGCCUGCAGUUAUAAUGAAUUCUUGGGAAUAUCAUUGGGUUUAUUGGGUAGGACCAUUAUUGGGGGGAGUUGUUGCUGGAAUUUUGUACAGGACUCUUUUUCGUGUCAGAAAAGGCGAAUCCGACGGAUACGACUUCUGAAAUGUAUGUUGUCCAAAAUUUAGAAUAGAUCAAAAUGAAAAAUAUUAACUCGUCAAAUAAUUUUACAUCAUCCACUGCGCCAUGUAAUCGAAUAAUUGGUGACGGUUUGUUUUUAGAUUCCACAGUAUUACUUUGUGAUUAAUCAUCAAUAAUAUAAAUUUUAUCAAA